GCAUCCAUCCAAUAAAACCUCCUAUCUCCCCUCCCCGUUCCCCGCGGUGCUCCCGGUUUUGACACAGCAGACAAAACCCGCAGAGGGGACUAUGAAUGGCAAAGCACCGAGGAGGCCGAGGGAGAGCAAAAAGGAGGCGGUGAGCCUUUGUAGUCGGGGAGGAAUGCGGAAAUGUCCCCGCUCCGUGUCAAACCUCUCUGAAGGGGGUCAGGCCACAUUCAGCCGGCGUGGGAAAGCCAGGCAGAGACGGAGCUCACACGGGCGAGCGCGGCUGCAAUUGCAUAGGCCCAUCCGCGGAUAUAUGCAAGGAAAAAGAGAAGAAAGAAAGGAGAAAAUCUAAAGAGGAGCGUGGUUUUGGAGGGCUAUAUCACGCGUUUUCCUUUGUCCUAUGACCCCCCCUCUCCGAGCAAUCCUCUUUUCCUCCACACCCCCCUUCCACACAAGUUGCAAUGAGAGUGUGCGCAAGUUUUCGUACAGCCCUCCACCCCCUUCUCCUCCUCCCCCCUCGUUUGAGAGUUUCUGCCUGGGCUGGUGCAGUUUGAGGGAUGGGGGGUUAGAGCCUGCACCGUCAACUACCUGUGUGGCCCCCGCAUGGAGGACAGUGGACAGGGAUGCGUUUGAUGGAGGAGUUUUAUCCGACACUCGAACGCCUCCUCAGCAUUUUGUCUGGCAUGCCGACGUUACGACAUUUCACUGACAACACAAAACAAGGCAUCGCAUGUGCCAACUUUUUCCUGUGAUUAUGCCUUUGUGAGAAACUGGCUCGUCACCCUCUCCGGGAUUCCCCGCAAAAUUUUCAACAGGAGACGAGGAGAGAGAGAAAAAAAAUCAUCAAAAAUGGACAGAGAAAAUAUUGGUACUCUAUAUGAGACUGUGGCCGAGAUUGGAGAAGGCGCUUACGGAAAAGUGUACAAGGCCAGAGAUUUGAAGAACGGGGGACGCUUUGUAGCCCUAAAAAGAGUUCGCGUCCAGACAGAGGAAGAGGGAAUGCCUCUCUCAACUAUCCGGGAGGUGGCGGUACUGAGGCAGCUUGAGGCUUUUGAGCACCCUAAUGUUGUCAGGUUGUUUGAUGUGUGUACGGUCUCUCGGACUGAACGAGAAACCAGACUCACUCUGGUCUUUGAGCAUGUGGAUCAGGACCUGACCACCUACCUUGAGAAGGCUCCUGACCCUGGAGUACCACCUGAGACCAUCAAGGAUAUGAUGUACCAGCUGCUCCAGGGGCUGGACUUCCUGCACUCACACCGCGUGGUUCACCGUGACCUGAAGCCCCAAAACAUCCUGGUCACCAGUGGAGGUCAGAUCAAGUUGGCCGACUUUGGUUUAGCUCGUAUCUACAGCUUCCAGAUGGCGCUCACGUCUGUGGUGGUGACGCUGUGGUACAGGGCCCCAGAAGUGUUGCUGCAGUCCAGUUAUGCUACACCAGUGGACCUAUGGAGUGUUGGCUGCAUCUUCGCAGAGAUGUUCAGGAGAAGACCGCUAUUUCGAGGAAACUCAGAUGUUGAUCAGCUGGGAAAGAUUUUUGAUGUUGUUGGGGUACCUUCAGCUGAGGACUGGCCCCAGGAGGUGGCCUUACCACAAAGUGCCUUCACACCGCGGCCCCCAAAACCCAUAGGAGACUUGAUUCCAGACAUGGAUGAGCAAGGACGGACUUUGUUACUGCAAUUCCUUGCAUUCAACCCCUCCAGGAGAAUAUCGGCUUUCGCUGCUCUGAGUCAUCCCUACUUUCAAAGUGUGGACAGUCUCAGCAGGAGUGUCUAUGCGGCCCAGCCAAUCCCCAGCAACAAGCCCACAAUUGAGGAGAGGACUGCCUGAUAGUCCUCCUUCACCUUUAAUCAUCCCGUACAGUGUCUAUAAAGACGUAUUCUGUGUCCUUUGUGUUUUGUUGUUUUUUACAACAUUGGAUCCAAAUACAAUGAGCUUUUUGACACUGCUCAACAGAAAAAAGUUUUCAAAGUGAUCUCAAAUCAGUAGAAACUAAGAGAAAAUGAAAAAUGCACAAAACUAGGAAAAAGAUAAAUAAUGAAAGGCUUUAAGGGGCUUCCUACAUAAACCUGGAUUAGCUUGGCCCACUUAAAUACUUGGAAAAAAGUUUAAAUAAGUUCCAGUCAAGCUGUUGUACAGUAUAUGACUAAGAAACUAUUUUCAUGUCCUUCCUGCCACACAUGAUUGGUUUCUUUUGAAAAGGGGUUACAUUUGCUGAUUGCUGCCAUUCUUAGAAAAGUCAUAUUUCCAAUAUAAACAGUACUUUCUCCGAGAUCCUGUUGUAUCGUCUUUACUCCCUAACUUCUCCAAUCUAGAUUUCAAAUCCAGCAGUUAGAUUUUGGGCCUCAAAGCUUGAGUUUUGUCCUAUUCCUGCUUUAUUUAUGCAGACAGUAGUUAAUUUAAAUUAGGAAAUAACUUCCUGAUUCAUCAAAUGGAUGGUGUCAGGUGAGAAGGUUGUUGAAGUUCAGAGGGAUAAGAUUUGCACUUGUGUAGGUGCAUUUACUGAGAAGGGUUUGCUCUUUGACAUUGGUUUUUUUUUCCCCCUGAUAAUCAGUGUCCAAAAGCUCAAGUUACCAUGGUUUCAUGUUGUAUAUUAACUCAAAACAUGUAAUGGACUAAAGAGAGGCUAAUUAUUUUUAUGGUCAAUGUACAAAGCUCCAGAAAAAGUACUCAGAAAAGGAGAUGGAGAAGGUGGUGUGAGGAGCUAUCAUCCUGAACCAUGCACAAAAGCUGCCCUCCCUCCAUGAACCGAUGGAUUGUAAUUGCUGCUUUUAGGGUGUGAAAUGUUGGUAUUUGUAACAAUGCAAAGAGGCCUGCAUCUCUAAUUGACUUUUAGUCGAGGUAGCAGACAGACUGUUGAGGCCAUGAAGCUGAAGCCUCUAUAUGACCAGUGUUUAGCCUUGCAAGACUUCUCUUGACUUGAGGACUGAACAGGAGCCCGGUUGGACAGUGUGGAUCUUAACUGCCUUUAUGCUUGCUGUGGGAAUGUGCAGAUGCACACUCAGAUAUGCAGCAUUUAGCAUGUUCACUGCCACUGACAUAAACAUGCUCAUGUACUUAUGAACUUACUAAAAAGUUACAAGGAAUCACAAGCCAGCCACUCAGUGCCAUGUCCUUAUCAUUCCAGUUUCACCUGUAAUAUUGCUGCCACCUUGUGGAUAUCAAGAGUAACUGCAGAACAGCCAGUAGCGGGAUUCUAAUGGUUGCUGCACUCUUUCCAGAAUACACCAAAAUUGGCUGAUAUAGGUGCUGAGACAAUGAUGACAAAACUCAGAAGUGAUCCUGCCAUUUACUUCCAUAGUUUCAUUUUGCCAACAUGGGGCUUUUUUUUAUCAUUAAAUCAAUUUAUUUACAUUUUGAAUGAUACCAUAAUGCACGGGCUUGCAGUAGGUGGAGUCCCACCAGCACUAUUCAACAUGUAAACAUUUGGCAAAGUGUUGUCACCAAUAAUCUGUAUUUAAUUUUAAUUUUAUUGACAAGUCUUAUAUACUUGUUACUUGAUUUUUUUUAUGCUGGGGCAUAUGUUAUUCUCACACCAAGUGCACAAACUCUGUAGAUAAUCAGAGAGUUUGUGUAUGUAAGGAAUGUAUAAAGGCUAGGCAUUGGUACUGUACAGUGUAUUGUGCUAGCUGUAAUGAUAGAAAACCUUUGAUAAGGUGCAUGUCAGCACAUAGAUAUGUCAUGAAAGUGGAUAGACGUAGAGUAGUGAAGGUCAGUGGAAUGUUGUAUGGUGAAAGUAUUCUGAAAAUGUUGGGUGGGUUCAGUGGGUGAUUUAUUGGAUUUCAGUUAGCGUGGAUUCAGCGUGGCUACGAAUUUUAUAGUUUUCAUAAUGAAAUGAUGCACAGUUAUUUUGUUUUCAGGUUUUGCUAUAUUUUACAUUGUGCCGUUGUAUUGCAGUUUUUUUUUCUUUUUAUCAGCAAGGAAAAAAAGCAAGUUAUGCAGAGUUGUAUUUUUGUAUGUUGUAGUUCUUGCAGAACAGUAACAUUUUAACACUGGUUUAUGUUUUCUUAACAGGUAGUGCUAUUAGCACUCACACACAUACAAACUCAUUCUUUGACUUCUCAGGUUUUGUUUUCUGGACUUCCAAACCUCUCGGGCACAGUUUGCACAUCUCUGGGCUACUAAAUGACCACAUUACAUCUCCUUCAGGUUUUCUUUCAGACUCUAUCAUAAUGGUGUCUUUUAUCCAUUGUCUGUCAUUACUAUUUAUCACAAAUGUUACUGUAGUCAUUACUGUUUCAAGGUAACCGCCUCUAUAGAUUGUCAUUGCCAGCAAUUAGAAAUUGCUGGGAGGCAAACAGAACUGAAAUACAUGUUUAAUUGUCUGCUUAACUAAACACUGUGUGAAUUUUCUUUUUAACAACCUUUGUUGUAAAUGCUGCAUAAAAUGCAGUGAAAGCUACAAAUACUUUAGAAAUAGUGGUUUACAGUUUAAAUAAUGACUGCUUUAGUCUCAUUAUAGUUCAUGCAAUCACUGUAUGCUUUUAUGAUUUAACCAGUUUUCUAAUGUAUUUGUCUCAUCACAGCUGUUCAACUGUUUUGAAACCAGCAUGGCUUGAUCCAUCAUAUCACUCCAAUUGACAUAUUUGUGUAUGGAUGUAUGGUGUCAUAUUAUGUUGCACCAGCUGAAUUAAAAGCAGCUUUUUAUUAA